CGGGUGUGCGGAUUCUAACGUUUCGUUUUGGCUGCUCAAAGAGAUCAAUCAAUGGCGGAAGAAGUGUUGCUAGAUUUGGAAGAACUCAGGCAACUCCAGAACAUCGCCAAGAGACCUCGUGUUCUAAAUCUCCUCAGCUCCGAGAUUUGCAACUUGGAAAAGAUGAGCGUGUCAAGUGCUAAACCAAAGGUCGAACCGGCUGUUCCCGUACCGGUUAAGCCGGUUUCUCCAGCAGUGAACUAUGUAACUCUCGGAACAUUCAGCUGGGAUCAAGACAAUGAAAAAGUCAAGGUGUACAUAUCUUUGGAAGGUGUUGAUGAAAACAAGGUUGAAGCUGAGUUCAAGCCAAUGUCUUUGGACAUCAAAAUCCAUGAUGUUCAAGGGAAGAACUACCGAUGUGCAAUCCCCAAGUUGCACAAAGAGAUUGUCCCUGAGAAGUGUAAAGUGCUUGUUAAGCCUAAGAGGAUCGUUGUCACGAUGUUCAAGUCUUCUAGAGGAAACUGGAUGGACAUUCACUACAAAGAAGACAAGAUUAAGCCUAGUCUUGAGAAAGAAAAAGACCCAAUGGCUGGAAUCAUGGACUUAAUGAAGAACAUGUAUGAGGGAGGAGAUGAAGAGAUGAAGAAGACAAUAGCCAAAGCUUGGACAGAUGCUAGGUCUGGCAAAGCAGGAGAUUCUUUAAAAGGUCUGUGAAGCUCUAGGUUCUAGUGAUCUGUGGAAGAUGUGAAAACCAAAACAUCUAUUUCGUGAGUUUGGUCGUAUGUUUGGUUUCCAUGUUUUGGAUGUAAACUGUUUUCUGAGGUAUUUGAGACACUUUAAUAUUCCCGAGUAACUACGGAGGUGAUCUUAUUUUCGAACUUGAGCUAAUUGGUUUUUAACUUUUUGCAAAGAAAAGAUUAUACACUCGUGCAGAUGAGUUCUUGGUUUUGGAUAUGUUAUGAAGUGACGCAAACCAACAUCUACUAUUUGUAUGGAUUCUGCAUGUUUUCACUUUUUUUAAAAAACACAUUAAGAAGUAUUUGGAUAGUUGAUACGUAAAAAGACCCCUUGAAUUCAGAAAUGACACAUUGUUUUGGUUUGGUAACUGGUUUUCUUUGGGAUGAAUCCGUGAAUAUAUGAUAUCAUGGAUGCAAAAGAAUAUUGAUUUGGGGAUCUCUUCUAGUGCACUGGGUGUAAGCAUGCGCAGAAGAAGGAACUACAGGGUUAAACUGCUCAAAUAAGAAGGAAAUAACAUACAUAUUUUUGAGCACUUGAUCAAGUUGAAGCACAGGCGGAUCCAGCACCUUAAUGAGUAUGUGAGACAAUAUAAAGAAUAUUUACAUUAGGGACAUUUAGAUAAAUUAUAAGUAAAUUACUAGAUUUUGAUCCGCGCUUUGAAGUAUUAUAUAAAUUUGCAUAUUUGAAUAUGUAUUUACAUUUAAAUGUUACACAUAACCAUUA